UUGUUAUCCAGGACACUUUUUCUACCGUCUGCCAAGUUCAGCUUGCACGCGGCUACCGCCGGUGCACUCUUUGGUCUCUCGUCUCACCUCAUCUCGUGGGAGUCUCGUCUCCUAUCACUCAACUGGGACUGGAAUUCGAUGCAGCCACGAGCCAUACUCAACGGACUGUUAAAACAGUGCCUGAGAAGCAAGGAGUCGAAUGGCGGUACGGAACGAGGUGAAAUCGAUGGCAAGCCGGAGAUUCGGCGGUUCGGCAGCUCGCACCAUCGUCCGUGUCCGUGUCGGCGGUGCUUUUCGACUCCGUGUGACGGUCGUAAAACUGUCACAAGUGCGUUACGUUCGACGCUACGUGAGGCUGUCCGACGGUUCACCACAGCAGUUUACUCUGAUCGUUUCAAUUUCUCACGAACUGCUGCCUUCGACUGUCGUCUCUUCGUCUACUGGUCGCUUCCUUCCGGUCUUUGCGGUCCCACCAUCAUGAUUGACGCCUUAAACAAUAAUGCACAGGUGUCCUCGAUAUCGUGA